AUGCGUUUCUCUAGCAGCGCAAGUCUAUUUGCACUAGGCGUAUUUUUCCUCAGCGCCCUCGGCGGUCCGCUCAAUGGGCAAAGCGCUAGCUCUGACGCUGUGGAUACCGUACUCCGCAGGGACGUGGCCACUUCCCAUAUCGAAGCAGUGUCUAUGAACGUAAGGGCCAUUUUGCCUGCAGAAAUUGAACUCAUACCUCGUGCGCGAGUGCGAAAAGGUAGAACCCGCGCGAAGUCCAAAACCAAAUCGACAAGAAAGAAGAAACUCAAAUCAAAGAUCAAGCCACGACCCACAAAACCAAAAUCCAGAGCAAAGUCGAAAGGGACAAAGACGAAAUCCAAGAACGCACCAAAACCAAAAGCCUCGCAAAAGCCGUGGGAAAAGCCUGUGCCAAGCGAGGCCACCAUCGCAAGAUACUGCAACGUGCCCAAGGACAAGGCGCUUUUUUGGUCUGGAAUGUGGCCCCAAGGCAGCACGUCUAAUGGUGACUGGACACCCAAAUUAGUCCUGCAGUAUGCAGCACAGAAAGGACUAAAGCAUGACGAGUCGGUGUAUCCUAAGGGCUACGUGCGCAGAUACACGAGGCCGAAUGGGAAGCCAUACAACAAGAAGAAGGAACAACUAUUCGCUCAGCGAUUUUCAAAGGUUUUUGCGAGGAAGUCGCGGGGCGUGGUACAUGUGAUGGUGCCGUGGAAGACGGGCCCAAAGGCGGGGAGAGUCUUUGCGAAGGACGAAUGGCCAAUUUUGAAGAGAGCCCUCAAGACGGGGAAGGUAACGAAGAUUAUACAGGUUAAUCCGGCGGACUUUGGAGAGACAAGAGAGUAUGACCCGAAGAGAUACGGUUUGAGGAAGAGAAACGGGGGUGGGAGGAAAGGAGUUGAUUUUGAUAUUGACUUGGAAAAUGUCCCGUGGGAUGUGAACCUCGAUGCGUUGGAGGCGAUGUUCGAUAAGCAGGGGUAG